AUGUCUGAUUCGGAUAGCGACGAUGAUAUUAAAGUAUUACCAAUCAAAACAGUAAAGCAACAACGCAAACAGUCAGCAGAUACAAGAAAAACUUUGAAGGUCAACAGCAAUCCUUCAUGCACAUUAACUACAACAACAACACAAUCACCAGCUAUUACAACUGAUAAUCCAUCAAAAGUCCAACGUAAACCAAAAGCAACAUCGAAAAUAGCUAAACGAAAUCGUUCACCCAACAGCUCGUUAGAUUCCACUACAACUGACAGCAAAGAAUUAAAAACAAAUAACAAUGAAGAUUAG